GUUCAAAUACGACUGGAGCUGUUACCUAAUAAUUGCAGAUAUUUCAUCAGUUCAAACUUCAAAAUAACCUAAAUCUAAGCAAAUCUCGUUGUCGUCUUCUCGAAUUAUCGAAGCAUCAGAGGUGUGUUGCUUUUGUUCAAAAUUCGAUUUUUUGUAGUUGAAAUAAUCGUGUAACGUUAUCAAUGGGUAGAAAGAAGCCAACUGUUCGGGACGAGGAGAAUCCUGUUGCGUCUCAGGGUGGGAAUAAAUCUAAGAAGAAAGGGCGUGUUAUAGAUGACGAUGAAUACGCCAUUGAAUUGACUGAGGAUCAACCGAAUAUUGAUCCUGAGAAACAGAAUAAUGAGGAUGCAGAGAUGCCGGUUGCUGGGAAGAAGGGAAAGAAGGGCAGCUCCAAGUCGGUUCAACCUAGGGUUGAAGGGCAAGACAAGCCCAUUGGAGAAGAGGAAGAUGAUGCUCCAGCAAUUGCCUUCACGGGUAAAAAGAAGUCCAAAUCAAAGAAGGGUGGUAAUAAUAAUUUAUUUGCUGCUUCUAAUUUUGAUGUCCUUGAAGAUGAGGAUGUUAAGGAAAUAGAUCAGCAUGAAGAGAAUGGUGAUGGUGUUGGAGAGGAUGAGCUAGUGGUAGCUUUCUCUGGUAAAAAGAAGUCUUCUAAAUCUAAGAAGAAUAACAGUUUGUUUGCUGCAUCUGCUUUUGAUGCUCUUGAUGAAGGCGAUGGUACCGUGAUUAAUGAAUCUGACCAGCAACCGACAGAUGGAGAUAAAAUGGAUGAUGAUGAUGUACCUGUAAUUUCUUUCUCUGGUAAGAAGAAAUCUUCAAAAUCUUCGAAGAAGAGUGAUAGUUUGUUUGCUUCCUCUGCUUUUGGUGACCUAGAUGAAGGGGAUGGUAUGAAAGAUGAAAAUAAAGAAGAGGAUGAUGAUGCUCCUCUUGUUACUUUUUCUAGUAAGAAGAAGUCUUCAAAAUCUUCCAAGAAUGAUGAUGACACCAAGGAUGAAAAUGAAGAAGAUGAUGAUGCUCCUGUUAUUACAUUCUCUGGUAAGAAGAAGAAGUCAAAAUCUUCCAAAAAGAGCAGUAGCUUGUUUGCCACCACACUUCUUGAUGAAGAGGAUGGCAAUGAUGUGUCUACAUCUGAACAGCAGAUGGAUGAAAACAUAGUGGAGAAUGAAGACAUCCCUACAAUUUCUUUAUCUGGUAAGAAGAAGUCUUCAAAAUCCAAGAAGAAUAAUAGUCUCUUCACUGCCUCCAGUUUUGACAUGGGCCUUGGUAACGAAGAACCUGAAGAACCUUCUGUGAGUAGUAGUAAUCUGGGUCAUGGUAAGAAUGCCACUGAUGCCAAAGUAAAUAAAGAAGGCAGUGAGGAUGUAAUGGAGUCAUCUAAGAACAAAAAGAAGAAGAAGAAAAGUGGAAGGACAGCCCAGGAGGAGGAUGACUUGGAUAAAAUUCUUGCUGAACUUGGUGCAGCUCCUCCUCUCCCUAAACCUACUGCUCCUCCUCCUGAGACGAAGGUUUCUCCUCCUCUAGAAGAGGCAAAGAUUUACACUCAGCCAGAAGAAGUUGGCCCAGUGGAUUCCAAGGGUGAGGAAAAGGAAGCUGAUGAAGUUGGUGAAUCUGCUGCUGCAAAGAAGAAGAAAAAGAAGAAAGAAAAGGAAAAAGAAAAGAAAGCAGCAGCUGCUGCGGCUGCUUCCUCUGUGGUGGAGGUAAAGGAAGAAAAACAGGAAGAAACAAAGACCAAAGUUUCCGAUAAAAAAAUCCCAAAGCAUGUUAGAGAAAUGCAGGAGGCACUGGCAAGGCGUAAAGAAGCUGAAGAGAGGAAGAAGAGAGAAGAAGAAGAGAAGUUGAGGAAGGAAGAAGAGGAACGCCGUCGGCAAGAGGAACUUGAGAGGCAGGCUGAGGAAGCCAGGCGAAGGAAAAAGGAGAGAGAAAAAGAGAAACUUCUGAAGAAAAAACAGGAGGGCAAGCUUUUGACAGGUAAACAAAAGGAAGAAGCCCGUAGAUUGGAGGCAAUGAGGAAUCAAUUUCUUGCUCAAGGUGCUGGUAUACUCCCCUCUGGAGACACUGCUAUUGCGCCAUCAAAAAGGCCAAUAUAUAAGACGAAGAAGGCAAAGCCAGCUCAUGCACAAGCUAAUGAUUUGGCUCAUGUGAAGGAUGUGGAAAAAACAGAGUUUAAAGAAAACCAAGAGACUGCUGCUGAAGUGACAGAGGCUGAUGAAGUGGAAGAAGUUGAGCCACAGAAAAUUGAAGAGAAAGUGGAAGCUCCGCAAGUUGUUGAAGAGAAUGGAAUAGAAGAGGAAGAUGAUGAUGAAGAUGAAUGGGAUGCAAAGAGCUGGGAUGAUGCUGCGGUGAAUUUGCCUGUUAAGAGUGCAUUUGAUGAGGAGGAGUCUGAGCCUGUGGUGAAAAGAGAGACCAAGCGUACCACACCACCAGUUUCUGGGGAUGUAGGAGCCCCUGCUGCUGCAACCAAAACUACGAUUUCUACCAAGAAAGCUAAGAAUCUUGAAAGUAAGGCGGACCACCUUGAAGUUCAAGUUAGGGACAGUAAUCGGAGAAAAGAAUCUGCAGCAAAGAAAGAAGCACCGCAUGAAGAAGGUGUCUCUAACCGGAAACCUGACAAUCUUCGUUCCCCAAUAUGCUGUAUUAUGGGCCAUGUUGAUACUGGUAAGACCAAGCUUUUAGAUUGCAUCCGAGGUACUAAUGUUCAGCUUGGUGAGGCUGGAGGUAUUACACAGCAGAUUGGUGCAACCUAUUUCCCAGCAGAAAACAUAAGGGAGAGAACCAAAGAACUAAAAGCUGAUGCGAACCUCCGGGUCCCAGGUCUUCUGGUCAUUGAUACACCGGGGCAUGAGUCAUUCACGAAUUUACGGUCACGGGGUUCAGGUUUAUGUGAUAUUGCAAUUUUAGUUGUUGAUAUUAUGCAUGGCCUAGAACCACAGACAAUUGAAUCCCUCAACCUUCUGAAAAUGAGGAAUACAGAAUUCAUUGUUGCAUUGAAUAAGGUGGAUAGAUUAUAUGGGUGGAAGACAUGCCCCAAUGCACCUAUUCAGAAAGCUUUGAAGCAACAAUCAAAUGAUGUGCAAAAUGAGUUCAAAAUGAGGCUAACACAGAUUAUCACACAGUUCAAGGAGCAGGCCAUGAAUACUGAGUUGUAUUACAAAAACAAAGAAAUGGGGGAAACUUGCAGUAUUGUCCCCACAAGUGCAAUCAGUGGAGAGGGCAUACCAGAUCUUUUAUUGUUAUUGGUGCAAUGGACUUCAAAAACUAUGGUGGAAAAGCUAACAUUUAGCGAUGAAGUGCAGUGCACGGUUUUAGAAGUUAAAGUUAUUGAAGGCCUGGGAACAACCAUUGAUGUUGUAUUAGUCAAUGGUGUUCUUCAUGAAGGGGAUCAAAUAGUUGUUUGUGGCAUGCAGGGGUCUAUUGUUACCACAAUCCGUGCUUUACUGACUCCUCAUCCAAUGAAGGAGAUCCGAGUAAAGGGACAAUAUCUGCAACAUAAAGAGUUGAAGGCUGCACAGGGUGUAAAGAUCGCAGCACAGGGCCUUGAACAUGCCAUUGCAGGCACUGGUUUGUAUGUAGUGGGUCCUGAUGAUGAUCUGGAAGACAUCAAAGAAGCAGCAUCACAAGACAUGAAGUCAGUCAUGAGCAGAAUCGACAAGAGUGGGGAGGGUGUUUAUGUGCAAGCUUCUACUCUUGGCUCACUGGAAGCGUUGUUGGAGUUCUUGAAGAGCCCAGCAGUGAAAAUACCAGUCAGUGAGAUAAGCAUAGGCCCUGUACACAAGAGGGAUGUCAUGAAGGCCAGUGUCAUGCUUGAGAAAAAGAAGGAAUAUGCCACCAUCUUGGCAUUUGAUGUCAAAGUGACACCUGAGGCUCGUGAGCUGGCGGAAGAGACUGGUGUUAAGAUAUUUAUUGCUGAUAUCAUUUAUCACUUGUUUGACCAGUUCAAGCACUACAUUGAGAAUCUCAAGGAAGAAAAGAAGAAGGAAGUUGCAGAAGAAGCAGUAUUUCCUUGUGUUUUGCAGAUUAUGCCAAAAAACAUUUUCAACAAGAAGGACCCUAUCGUUUUGGGGGUUGAAGUUGUUGAAGGCAUUGCUAAGGUUGGUACACCAAUAUGUAUUCCUUCGAGGGAUUUCAUUAAUAUUGGACGAAUAGCAUCCAUUGAAAGUAACCACAAACAAGUUGAUGUGGCUAAGAAAGGGUCAGAGGUGGCUAUUAAGAUUGCUAGUACCAAUCCUGAGGAGCAACAGAAGAUGUUUGGAAGGCAUUUUGAUGAGGAUGAUGAGCUUGUUAGCCACAUCACUAGGAGGUCCAUAGAUGUGCUAAAAGAUAAUUAUCGGGAUGAGCUGUCUAUCGAGGAGUGGAGGCUGGUAGUGAAGCUAAAGACUCUUUUCAAGAUACAAUGAAUUGUAGCAAUCACACUGUGGCUGUGCUUUUGGGAGAUAUGUAAUUGUAAUUGGUCUCUUCUCUGGCUCAA